AGACCCGCCUGACUGCAAAAAUUUGAAUUGGCGUUGAACGACGUCUCCGGUGAGGGGAAAACAAGAAGACCUCCUUUUCUCCCUUACGUGUGGCGCCUUGUCGUUUAGUCCGAGCGGGUCGAUUUGAUGAUUGCAACGUGACAUCUUUUCUCGGAAAUGAGUUUGUUCUCGUGAAAUGAAGUCGACGCGUUUUCGUCACAAACAACCGUCCGACGUUAUUUUGGCCGCGAUGGCUGCCGACCUGCUGCCGGGCGAAGAACUGCCCCAGGACGGCGCUCAUCCCCCGAGUCUCCACGCGGAAGACUUGUCGUCGUCUCAUCCGGAGCACCAAAACGAGGACGGAGUGCCAAUUCGGCGAGCGUACCGCGGAGAUCUGCUGAGCGACGACGGCGCGGAGCUGUGCUUCGAGGAGGUCCGAGCUCAAGACUUCCGCCAGCGCCGACAGAAGCGGCUGGAUGAGAAAAGGCAGAGCCUGCGUGAAGAGAGGACGCAGUUGGAGCUGCAAGUGGCGCAGAUGACUAGUCUGCUCAAGAGGGCCCCGCAUCAGAGCAUCUUGGAGGAUCUCGCUUCGCCACCUCGUCCAUCUUGCGGGACGUCGGAGGCGCAGACGCUCGCCACGGAUGACUCGCGUGUGGAAGGUGCUGCUGCUUUGCCCGAGCGGUCUCAGCCUUGCGGGCUCCUGACCCGAGACCAGGAUGUGCUCCCUCAUGCCCAAGUCGGCCGCGGCCCCCCAGAUGGAGGCGCCGGGAGUGCCGACCCGCGCGGGGGCCUGCUGGAGCCGUGCGACGUCACUUCCUGGCCCAACUUCCACCAGGAAACGCGACCCCUGCCGGACAUCAGAGAACACGGCUCCCUGCGGCUCGGCGGCGAGAUCUACCGCACGCGGUCCCGCCUGCUGCAGGAGAGCGACGUGUUGGCCUACGAGGGCUCGCAAGAUAACCACUCGGUCAUCAUCAAGGUGGACCGCCGGCCGCUGGCGUGGGAUUUUUACAUGUUCGGCCAUCUGAGCAGAAACGCCGCCGCCGGCGAGCCGCCGCUUGUCCGGUGUCAUCGGUUCCGGGACGGUUGCGUGACGGUCUACGUGGCCCCGCCCUCGCACGUCUUCUCGGAGCUGUCGGAGCGCCUGCCGAGCGAAGAUUCGGCGGCGGCGGCGGCGCGUUCCUUGCUGAACCUGACCUCGGCGGUGCACGCCGGCGGCGUGGCCCACCCGGUGCUGCGGCCGGAAACGCUCAUCUCCUGCCACCCCGCGGCGGCGUCGGCGCGCUUCGAUUGGCUGUUUCCCCUGGACUGGCGCGCGGCGGCGGAAGCGCGGGAGGACGAGGAGCUGGUCCGCGUCGGCCUCCUGGGCGCCGGCGCCCCCCCGCAGUUGGUGGACCUGGUGGGCGUGGCCCAGAUGCUCCACCUCCUGCUGACCAAAAGAAGGAUGGUACCCGUUCGAGACGCCAGAGGCUGGACGGCAGAAGGCUUCCAACAGGCGACGGCCGGGGCUCGGACGGGCAGCUUGUGGUGCGACGCCUUCCGCUCGCUGCUCAACGCCGACGCCGACUCGUGGGCGGCGGUGACGUCGGAGCUCUCGGAGAGGUUGUCCUCCUUCCUCGGAUGACCUUUUCCUUUUCUACUUGGUCCUAUUAAAGGGAUGCUUUGUCCAUUUGA